AGCGAUCCUCAAUCACAGUUCGCUGCAGUAUCGCUUCAACAGAGCCAAAAACAUGUCGUUCAAGACUUUCCUCCUAUCGCUGUGUGUGGUGGUGGCCGCAUUCAAUUCCAUCGAAGCCAAAAAGAGCUUCAUUGUUUUCUCCAAAAGCUCCACGUUUUUCGAGGCGUGGCAAGACUGCAAUUCCUUCGACGGAUAUUUGGCAUCUAUUCAGUCACCAUUUGAGCAAAGGCAGGUGGAACAAGCAAUGGCCAAAGCCAGCAAUCCAAAUGGCAUAUACUUCAUUGGAGGAACUGACCUCGGUCGUGAUGGUCGAUGGAUGUGGAUUGGCUUGAACAGACCGUUGAAUAACAACGACUACCGGAACUACUAUCCAGGAGAGCCUAACAAUCUCGGAGGCGACCAGCACUGUCUGACGGUCGGAAACUGGCAAGCAGAGAACCGUGGUAAAUGGGAUGACCAGGUUUGCUCCAAAAAGCUAGAUGGAUAUGUGUGCGCGUUCGAAAAGUAA